AUGAACGACAUACUCUCCCUCCGAAAGGAGAUGAAGGACGGAGAGAUUCGGCAAGCAGGAAGAAAAACUGCCUUUGGAUCCGAUGAAUCAAACUCGAAGCUCUGGAUUGUUCGAGAUACGGUUUAUGAGCUUUUGGAGAACGUUCGACGAUCGACUAAGGGCCUGGACCAGGCUUUUACAAAGUGCAUCCCGCCAGAAAUGGACCUUGAUGAAGGUAUCAGUGUUCAUGAUGUAGGCGAUGUUUCAAAGGAUAUCGGGCUAGCAGGACAACAUUGGACAUCUUACAAGAAUGGCUAUAUUCGUUGGUAUCUUACUAUGAAGCGAUAUGGUCUUCAAGCUAUGGCCCAGGAGAUAAAAAUCAAAUCGUGA